AUGUCGAGCUUGAGCAAAGAAACUUCGUGGACGCUCUUCAGAAUUUUGAAGAAACAAUGGACGGGAAUUGCCAAAAACAAUAGCGCCCUAAGUAAUUACGAUGCCAAGACCUCGAAAACCUUCAUGGGACCUAUUCGAAAAGCUUUUCGGAAACUUGGUGGGAAAAAUGAAUUGGCAAAGGGAUAUCUGGCUUUGGCCCCUCAAGAAUCCCAUUACUUGUCGAUCGUUUGCGGAGGUAUAAAAUUGAUUCUUUCGGCUGCUGCUCGCAUGGCUGAACUUCAGGAGAGUGUCAGAAAGACUAUGGAAGAUGUGCCCGAGAUUGUCAAGUACUUCCAACGAAUACUGGCUGUUUAUCGGAAUUCCAAAUCACUAAAAGACCUUUGCAUGUCACUCUACGUUUCCAUUCUGCAAGUCUUGUCUCAUAUACUUGAUUUCAUGAAGAAAAAGACGUACAAAAAGGUCUUUGGAGUUCUAUUAUCGCAGGGAGAGUACGAGAAAGAGUUGAUAAGGAGAAUCUCAGCAAUGAACCUUCUAUAUCAAACAGUCAAAGAGGAAGCGGUGCUCAUUUCUCAAGAAAUAGAGAGGAAAACGGCUGAGGAUGUGGAUGAGAUAUCUCAGAUUGCCAAAGAAAACUACCGGGGGAUUAGGGUUGUUGAGCAGUUGCAAAAGGCGGACCUCGCUCAAAAUUUUGAAUCAGCUGAGAAUGUGCGGCAAAUACUACACUUAGUUAAAUGUUUUGCCUCGAGCCCAGAACUUCAAGAAGCGGUCAAAUAUUUGCCUAUGAAACACAAGAAUGACAACCUUAGGCAGCCUUUGCAAAACGUUGUCCCAUCUCAAAAGGAUAUUCGGCGGACUCUUACACUAUUGCUACAUUACAACACUAUGCAGCUAGACACGUAUUUGCCAGAUCUACUUGGUCUUUCAGUCACGCUCAAAGGGGCCGACCAAGACCGGGCGGUGUGGGUCAUGAAAUCUGACGUAUUCAUGGGCUGGCUCUCCUCACCAUUAUCCAUGCCCCUGUUAGUUAACGGGAAGUCCAGAGCUCCAAGAAACAACAGAUCGCCCCUUACUUUUGUGGCAGCAAAGCUAGUAGAGUCUCUUGAGCGUUUGAGAAUGUCAAACCAACGAACCUGGACGUCUGGAAUGAAACUCAUCGGCUUGAGCUUCUUCUGCGGAGAGCACGAAGAUGAAACCGAAAGUGAAAACAACAACCCGCUAGGUCUUGUCAGUAAUUUGUUCGUUCAGCUGAUGAAACAGUGUAAGCAUGUUGACCUUACACCUCUGAGCAAUAUGGAAGAGUCUGAAGGUUAUGAUGGACUGGCAGUUUUGCAUAGAUUCAAAAUGCUGUUAUCUCUUUUACCAAAAGAGACGGUGGUGUUCUGCAUUAUUGAUGCGCUGUCGACGUAUGGGAACGAUGAUAGGCAGGAAAUGGCAGAUAUAAUAAUGAAAGAUCUCGUCGGUCUCACAAGAGUAAGCAAGAAAGAACCUGCACCCAGAUGUCAAUUUAAGCUACUAUUACUGGAACCAAUGGGCUAUGGUCUCCCAGGAGUUAGUAAGCUUUGGGAGGAUGAGAUUUUGGAAGUACCGGUAAGACUAGGGAAGGGAAAUGGAUUUCAUGACAUGGACUGGGAAUUAGACAGUAUAGGGUGA